AUGUAUAGUUUCUUUUCUUAAGUAAUAAGUUAUACAGUAUACUUAGUAAUUGUUUUAAAUAAUUAUUAAUGUACGAUACUACAACAAUUUAUGCCACAUUGAACCAGACAUUAAAGGCGCAGACGUGUCAAAUUCGGUUGACGAAGCAUAUUGAAGUUACUAAAGAAAUAUGUAUAAAAUGUAAACAUAAUUUAAUCAAUUCGAAUACAUUACCACAGAAAACAACGCGGUGAAUAUUAUGCAAAUGAAUCAGCAUGUUUUAGCAAAGCAAGGCCUAGUGUUAAAUGUUAAAGGAACAAGUAAAGCUAGAUGGACACGUCCAAUGCCUACAAUACCACAUAUAAAAGUCUAUUCAGAAAAUAUGGAAGUUCUUCGAAUCGAUAUAUCGAUUGAUACUAAGGAGAACACGUUGCUAUCAAAUAGUUUAACUAUCCCCUUCCAUUUUAUUCUUCCGCGUGAUUUACCAUCAAGUUUUCAAGAUUCAAUAGCCAAAACACAUUAUCGUGUUAUAAUAAAAACUACAAAAAUAUGUAAAAUAAUGAAGAAACGGGUAUUCCCAUUUGUUGUUGUUGCGCAUUUAAACCUUAAUCAUUUUGAGUAUAUGUUAUACAAAGAGAAGUACCUAUAUGAACUAACCAAGAGCUUUGGUAAAUUUAAACAAUAUCAGUUUAGAAUAAAAACAUAUAAAGGAAUUGGAUCUAAUCAGCGAAAUAUACCAUUUGUAGCAUAUAUAACUAACGACAAAAAGAUCAAAGUCUCGAAAAUAGUGAUAUCCCUUCUGCAGAAAUUAGAAUACACAGUGAAGUCGGGUUAUUAUAACACUGAAAAGAAAAUACAUGAAAUAUUUUUUAAAGACUUCAAACACAACUUGGAAGAAACUUAUACAUUUUUAAUAGAUAUACCACCGGUUGUACCGUCUACAAUAAAUUUGGAACGUACGUUGAUAAAAAUCUCUUAUGUUUAUAAGAUCACAGUGUGUUUUCGAUUUCAUUUUAGUAUGAAUAUGGAAAUUCCUGUGGUUAUUGGAUCAACACCUGUAAUUUUUACAAAAUAACACGUUUAAAUUUAACAGACUUCUAAAUCGUCUUCUUAAUCUUAAACAAAAUUUUACCUACAACCUACAGCUACAACAUCAAUCGCGAUAACGAAGUGUUUCUGACAUGUUCAGUGUCCUUAUGUGUAUAUACAACUUAUCCAUCUUAGACACUGGAACCUUUAGUCCGGCAAGUCACAGGUUACGACUUACACUGGGUGAGGACCCUUAUGUAUCUUUGCCUGUUUUUCGUUCCAAAUUUUAUAUAGUACAGCUGGGAUUUCAAUUCUUGAACACUGGAUUGCAAGUUGCUUAAGCUAUAGAAUAACACUGCUCUAUUACUAUGUUAAAACUACAGUGGUUGCAGCAUGAUGUAAUAAAAAAUAUUAUAACUUUAAAAUUAUUUA